AGGUUUUAUACCUUCCCACCCUAAAACCCCUCUCCCCUCCAAAACGACCAACUAAAUCCUAAAUUUAAAAGAAAAAAAAAAACAUAACGUAAUUUCAAAAAAAAAAAAAUCCAAAAUGAUCUUUAAAUUCUUUUGAAAACUUUAGACGCUCAAGAUCAAUGUUGUUUGCUUUUCGAUCGGUGAAUUGAAGCUUCGCCACUAAAUGAAGUUUUGUUAGUAGAAUUUACGAUUCCAUUGGCGCUGAAAUGAACAGAUCUGCUUUAGAAAUUUUAAUUUAUUUCCUGUUUCUGGUUUGGCGCGAUCGUGUGUUUUUGAAAUCGUCAGCUAAAAAAUUAUUUAAAUUUGUACUCAUUUAUUUAGACUGAAUUGAAGUUGAGAGACAAAAGGUUGAGAGAUGGAUUCAUUAUCCGCGGUUAGCGAAGAGCUAGCGGAGAUCGACGGACAAAUCGCCGAUAUUUUUCGAGCAUUAUCGAAUGGGUUCCAGAAACUGGAUAAGAUUAAGGAUGUUAAUCGACAGAGCAGGCAAUUGGAAGAGCUUACCGGCAAGAUGCGAGAGUGUAAGAGGCUAAUCAAAGAGUUUGAUAGAGAAGUAAAGGCAAUGGAGAGAAGAACUAAUGCAAACACCCAUAGAAUGCUGAGCGAAAAGAAGCAAUCAAUGGUCAAGGAGUUGAAUUCAUAUGUUGCCCUUAAGAAACGAUAUCAAGGCAACCUUGAGAGUAAUAAACGAGUUGAUCUCUUUGAUGGGCCUAAUGAAGGCUUUAGUGAAGAUAAUGACAUGCUAGCUUCCAAUAUGACAAACCAGCAGCUAAUGGAUAAAGGAUACCAAAUGAUGGAUGAGACUGAUCAAGCCAUUAACAGGGCUAAGAAGGUUGUUCAAGAAACUGUUGAUGUUGGAACAGAGACUGGUGCAACUCUCAAGGCUCAGACUGAAGAAAUGAGCAGGAUAGUUAAUGAUCUCGAUUCUAUCCAUUUUUCGAUCCAAAAAGCAUCUAAAUUAGUCAAAGAAAUUGGUAGGCAGGUUGCUACUGAUAAGUGCAUUAUGGCACUAUUAUUUCUCAUUGUGACCGGUGUCAUAGCCAUCAUAAUUGUCAAGUUUGUGAAUCCAAACAACAAGGAAAUCCGGGAUAUUCCAGGACUAGCACCGCCUGCAAUGAACCGUCGAUUACUUUGGACUCCUCAUUGA